UUAGCGUCGGGCGCCAUUGUUUGUGUUUACUUUUACCGGCAACUCGAAUCCAUAAGAAUCGGCACUGUUAUAAGAAAGAUCUUGUGCAGGAGCGUGUUUAAUAACACGACCAGACUUUCAAAAUGUCUAUUGGUGUGCCUAUUAAGGUGCUUCACGAAGCAGAGGGCCACAUUGUGACCUGUGAAACAACAACCGGUGAAGUAUAUAGGGGGAAGCUUGUUGAAGCUGAAGAUAAUAUGAACACUCAAAUGUGCAAUAUUACCGUUACAUACAGAGAUGGCAGAGUCGCACAACUAGAGAAUGUGUUCCUUCGGGGAAGCAAAAUAAGAUUUUUCAUCCUUCCAGACAUGUUAAAAAAUGCCCCAAUGUUUAAAAGAAUUCAGGGACGUAGUGGAGGUGGCGGUGGAGCAGGCAGAGGAAAAUCUGCAAUACUUCGAGCGCAAGCUGCAAGAGGACGUGGUCGAGGUGGUGGUGGCGGUGGACGAGGAGGCGGUGGCAAUGUGUUUCAGAAGAGGCGUUGAUCAUUGAAAGUGUACCAAAUCACAGAACUGUACGAAUGGAGAUGUCUUAGGCUGUGUUCCAGUUUUCAUUUCAUAACAUUGUGGGACAACGCCAUUCAAUUUCAACUAUUCAUGUUUUUAUGUGUCUGUAUUGAGACAGGGACUCUUAACAUUUAUGGUCAUUUUCAUCAUUGUUAUCAUUCAUCAUGAACUUGUAAUUUUUGUAAAUGACACAGAAACUAUUAAAAAAAAAAACAAAAGAAAAUCUUACUUAUAUUUAUUUUUUGUUGGUAUAAAUGAUAUAAAAAAUGUGUAUUUAUAAUAAUUUUUUAUCUUUAGUUUGUUUUAUCCUGGUUUAUUUUGGAACUGCAGAAGGUAUUUGACCAACAAGGGUGUAUCACAAGCAAUACCGAAGAAUAAUAACUUCCAUUGAGGUUCCACCUUAACUUUACAUUGCUUUAAAAACCUGACUAUGCUAGAGCAUAGUACUUGAUGGAUCUCUCUCAAAAUCCAUAAUAUGUAGGUUCCUUUUAGUCUCUUAGGCCCGUCUAAUUUUGGACCAAUUAGAAAAACAAAAAAAGCCGCCAGGUGUCCAUCUUGGAUUUUGACUUUUCAGGUGUGUUAUUAUACUUAGAAAAACAAUAUGGCUGACAGUUGGCCAUCUUAGAUUUUGCCCAGUAAAGUUUGUUAUCACCAUUUCUUGAGAAGUACUUUCAUAAAUUUCAUAUGUAGGUUUCUCAUGGUCCCUCGUGCCAAUUUCAUUUUGGGUCUGAUCAGAAAAUGGACUACAGACAGCGAUUUUGGAUUUUUUAUUUUGGAAGUUUGUUAUCGCUAUAUUGUGCAUCUUAAGUUUCAUAUGUAUGUUGCCUUUGGUCUCUACUUGUACAUGUUUUAUUUUGGUACUGAUCAGAAGAAAGAAAAUGGCUUCCAGACAACCGUCAGGUAAAAAAUAGCAUCACUGUUUCUGCAAAGGCAUGUUCAAAUUUCUUAUCAUUAAGGGCAAAAACUGAGAAGGGAAAAGAUCCAACUUUCAAAGAGCAUUUAAUGAUCAAGAGAUGGUGGAUGCCAAGAUCCCUCCUGGAUCUCUUGUCUUGUUUUUUCGAACUGGUUUUAAGUCGAUCAUUAUUUCAUGGACAUUUAUUAUUGGCCCUGUGCCCAUCCUUGAACAAUUUUUGUAAUUGCUUUUCCUGGAGAAGUGUUUUGCUGUCUAUGUUAAAAAUUUUAAAACAAUACUGAUUAGUCAGUUCGGUUAACAAAUCUUUGAUUGGGUUUUGAGUCUUGAAAUUUCCUCAUGUUAGCAAAAGCCACAUUUCAGGUGAAGCAUCAGCAAUGAUUAGGAAGUAUUCAGCAUGGUAAGUUACUUGAAAGUUAUUUUGAAAUUUUUUAUUUCUAAUUUAACAGUUUCUUACUUGUAGAAGUACCAAUUCAAAUAACUGGUCGAAAUAUCCGCCUAUGAUGUGAUGUUGGAAGUAUGAACAUGGAGUGUCUGCUUGAGAAAACCAUGUUAGAUUUGAACCAUCAAUAUACAAGCUAUGGAAACUUAAAAUGUUACCUUUGAUAAAACAGUAAGAUAUAGUCCUGUACGAAUACAUACAAGGGCUAAUUGAUAUGUUGUUCACCUCAUAUUCAAGAGUUUGCCUUUUGACGGACAUAUUGCAUUAUUUUUCAACAUAAUCCCCUUCAGUAUCUAUACACUUUUGCAAGCUAUGUUUACCCUCAAUGGCACUUUUAAAGAAGUCCUUUUCUUGACCAUUCACAAAAUCCUCCACUUUAUGUAUGACACCAUCAUCUGGCCAAAAGUGGGUGUUGGAAAUGACAACCCCCCCCCCCCCCCCCCCCUUUUUUUUUUUUGUCAAUUGUGGAAAAAAUGAAAGUGUGAUGGAGCAAGAUUAGGCGAAUGAGGAGGAUGCUCGAUCAAUUUAAUGCCACAAUUGUGUUAAUGGCAGCCAUGCCAAUGACAGACUUGUGAACGGGUGUUGUCCUGGCGGAAUAACACACUGUUACUGACUUUUCCAUGGAGUGUGAGUUAAAUAUUUUCUCAUACCUGCCAAAGAAGCAAUGCAUAAUAUAUGCCAUUGAUGGUUUGUCCCUUUUGCAGAUAAUCUACCAUCAGCAACCCAGAAGACAGAGACCAUAACCUUUACAGCUGGUGGAACAGUCUUUGCCUGUUUUGAUGAGGGUUGACUAGAGUGCUUCCAUUGCUUGGACUGUUCUUUGGCCUCUGGAGUGAAAUGAUGGACCCACAUUUCAUCCAUAGUCACAAACCUCUGCAGAAAGUUAGUCGGAUCUGCCUUUAAAAGGUUCAAAUUAGCACAUGACAAAGUCUUUCUGGUGUGCUUCUGAUCAACUGGCAGAAGUCUUGGUUUCCAACAGUCUACAAGCUUUCUCAUUGCAAGAUUCUCCGUAAGAAUCAAAUGUAUUCUUGCAGCUGUAUUGGUUAUAUAUCUCUGUAACUCAUUUAUCAGUCAUAACAAUUCAUUGACCAUUUCUGGGGUUGCAACAGUGUCUGGCCUUUCAGGACGGAUGUCAUCCCCAAGGCUCUGCCUGCCACACUUCAAUUCCACCACCCACCUUUUCAUUGUAGCAUAUGAAAUGGCAUCAUUUCCUAAUGUUGCUGCCUUAUCAGUAUGGAUGUUCUUAGGUGCUAGACCUUUUUUAUGGUAAUAUUGAUUCACUGCUCUUUCAGCAAUUUUGUCCAUUUUGCCAAAGUCACCUUCCUUGUUUACUGCUGACCAAAUGACACCAGUAUUUGGUAACACAGCCUUAAAUAGUCAGGGAAUAGUAGAGCUGAAAAAGGACAUCACUGCUAAACUUAAAUUGAUACAAGGCUUGCAACUUAUCAAUCGGCCCUCGUAUUUGACUAUCUUGAAGUUGAACACAGACAUUUGAAUUGAUAACCAUGACCUGUUAUAUUUUGAAGCAUAGUCUAGCAGAAUGAAAAUAAUGCAGGCAAUCCAGUCUUAAGUGAUAUAGCCAUCUUGUUUUAUAACGACCUUAGAUUGUUCAAACUAUUUCUGGAGAAGUUCUGGAUAGAUCAUUAUCAAGCUUCAUGUGCAUGUGUUUUUUUGGUACUGAUUGAGAUAAAAAGUGCUGACAGGUGGUCAUCAUAUCAGGAUUUUAGACUUUUGACAACUAAGACUGCCUGAAAAGUCUUACAAGUGAAAGUUUCAUGCCUCUCACUGGUUGCUGACUGGUGUAUUCGAGUGUGUUAUUUUGAUUAUUUUGAUCAAAUGUGAGAGGUCAAUCAGUAGCUGUCACUAACAAGUCAUGUUAUGCAAUGUCUGUCUACAUUUGUUCCUGUUUCAUCUAAACCAAAACAAGACAUUGAAUUGGGGAGAAAAAAAAGGCUGUAUGACUUGUCUCCCUUGGAGUAUCUUUAUCUGAAUGAAAUAAAGUAUUUUCUUACAUUU